AUGGCUUCCAGCAGUGCCGUAUCAAAAACCAUCCAAGCUGUUACGGAUCGCGAUUUCAAGGACGCGAGACCACAGCGUGAUGAAAACAAUAAGUUGCAAUACGUGAUCCAUAUUCGUAACAAGGAAUAUGUAGAUGCGCUCCUGGGUAUUAAGUCAUUAAUUGACAAGACCCCUGUGGAGAUAACUUAUCACCCUACCUUGUACCAGCGCAAAUGCGUGGUAUCCUGUAGGGAUGUGAUUGAUAUGGCAGAAGCUGUACUUUUAAAAGAGCUUACUGACCAAAGAGUUAUUGCGAUCAAACGAAUUUCCCGUAUGGACCCAACCAAGAAGGAAUUAAUUCCAAUUCCAAACCUGAUUUUGACCAUCAGAGGUAUUGUAAUUCCGGAAUAUAUCAACUUUGGCUUCAUCCGCGCCCCCACGCGCAAUUUUUAUCCGAAUCCGAUGCAGUGCUUCGGCUGCUACAAAUUCGGACAUACUUCCAAAAAAUGUAGGACCAAGAUCCAAUUAUGCCGAAACUGUGGACGAGCACACCCAGAACUAGGCAAUGAAGAAACAGCCAAGAACUUCAUUUGCAACGCUCCUGCCUUCUGUGUAAAUUGCAGUGGCAACCACCCUUCUACGAAUAGAAAAUGCCCCGCAUGGGUUGCAGAGAACAAUAUUACCAAAGUGAGGGUAGACCAAGGAAUAUCUUACAAGGAAGCCAAACAAAGCUACUAG